GUGGUCAGUUUGUUUAGAAACAUCAAAGUUCAUCAUGCAAACAAAGUUCAUCGCGUCAACUCCAAAGAGUUAAAGGGGGUUAAACGCAACGAUCCGUAUGUUUACUGUCAAUAUUGGCAAAUUCUGAAAUAGUGACAAAACUUGCGAAACGCUUUUUUUCGCCUUCAAGUUACUUUCUGCCAUGAUCAAGGUCCAAAUGUCCUGUAGGUAAAGCUGGUAUACGCUUGUUUCGCUCCAGCGCAUGGACUGUACCCAUUAUACAUGCAGUUUACAAGGAAUUCAUGGGUUGGUAUAUAUCUUAAAAUAUGUUUAGAAUCGUUGCCAAACGUUAACACGCGAUUAUUCGCAGUCAGCAAUUCAAAGCGAACAGUUACUAAUAGUGCUUAUAGGAUUAUGGAAUCGCUGUAUAAUGUCUGACGCCCCAAGAACAAUGUGCUUGGCCUUAAGUGGGAGAUUAACGUCUAGUUGCGCUUGCGUGAGUGUCUUUGGGGGAGAGACUGACGGUUCCUGGACGUGAGGUCUCGGUCGGUGCCGCCGCUGCCGGUGAAGCUCUCUCUCCCCCCCCCCCCUCCUCGCUCUCUGGCUGCUGUGUUAUUUUCCAGCUCGGAGCCCCAGCCCGCGUGGCUCGAUCGAUUCGCAUUGAUUGUCCCUGACGAGCUGCUCCACUUUCCAGCCAAUGUCAGCCAGUCUGCGAUCGGGAAGAAGAGAAAUGAAGGAAAAUCUCUGCCGCCCUGGCGGUGUCAUUUCCACACACUUCAGUUGGCCGCCUGCCAGCAGACAGGACACUCACAAGAGGUGGAGUGGACUUCAGCGUUUGCAAGAAGAGGAGCCGGCUACCUCGCUGGCCUGAGCGACGAUUUCGGUUGACCACUGCCCACCCACCUUAAAACUGUCAAAUUAUACCUGCCAUGUGACAUAAUUAAGCUUGCUCUAAACACGAUAUACCUUUAAUUGUACCCUGUGUUUACCUACAUAAGAGGCACCGCAUAUAGCCUAUGCAUGUAUAUUGAUCACACGUCGGUUCCAACUCGUCGUUUAUUAUCGACUUUGUUUUAGUUAAACACGGGCAGAAAUGAUUACUUGGUUAGGUGUAUAUAUGUAUCCAUCGACAAAAUCUGAGCAGUGUGUGUUGUACGGGAGAAAUUUGCGAAUGUGAAAAAUCAAUAGUGAAAUGCGCGAGACAAGAUGUUACGUGAUGAUGUAUAGUACAGAUUCAUAUGACAUGCAACUUUUAGUGUUUUAUAAAAGGAUCGCCGCGUCUGUAAUCAUAUGUAGCGUACAAUUACAAAACCAUUAAUAUUCAAUAUGUUUUAAAUAGACGGGUAUUAAAUAUUAUUGGUAUAACUUAUUCGGGGGUGCCGUUAUGGUAAGAUAGCUGUCACCUAAAGUGGGUAAUGAGACUAUUACGUAGAAAAAUGCACCCCAAUGUACACAGUGUAUAAUCCAGAACACGUAUAUUUAUCUUAUGGCUGAAGAAUUGGCUUCCUUCCCCGCCACUCUGUAGGACCUCCGUGGAAAUGCUUAUAUUUCCGUCAUAUAUUUUACGUUGCUAAGUACUGAGUAGCCUACGUUUGAGUCUGGAAGUCAAAUUUAAAUAAAUGCCAUGUCACAUGACAUUUAAACUUUUUUGUAUCACAUCAAAAGCACAGCAACAGUAACACCAGAAACAUUAUUAUUAUUGUUGUUGUUGUUGUCAUCAUCAGUAGUAUAAUUAUUGUGGUAAUGUUAUGGUCCUAAAACUUGGUAUUACUAAAAGGAAGAAAUUAAUAAAAUAUUUUUUUCCAAUAAUAUAAUAAUGUACAAGGCAUUUUAAAAUCAUAACUAAUUCCCCAGCUAACUUCUUUCUUCACCGCUACAAUUGUCAAGUGCAGAAACACUUCAACAGAGCAUGUGCUCCGUUUGUUUUACAGGACAGCCGAGUCAAAGUUCUUGGGAUGUAGAGGUGGGAUAGCAAGAAUCGAAAGGUUGGAGCCCACACGCUUGCCUCCGAGAAACAGGCACGCCGACGGACCGCUUGGACGGUGGGAUCACUCCCCUCCGCUCGGAUCUGCUUUGCUUACAGUCGGCCUGAGUAACAAUGUGGACGAAGGCGGAGCUCUAGAGUGCGUUCCUGGGCUCCGGGGGCUUCCAUUGGUUGACCCAUCAGCGGGGGAGUGGUCACUCUCACCUGGGCUUUGAGCAGACGGUUCGCCAUCGGCAGGCCCCCCCCCCGCCCCCCGCACGUGCUGGACCAUGUCUAGCGGGCGUCCCGAGGGAAGCCACAGCGCAGAGGCCCCGGACAAGAGCAGCUGCGGGGAGGACGGCCAGCCCCCUGCCCCGGAGCGGCGGAGUCGCAGCGGCAUCAUCAGCGAGCCGCUCAGCAAGAGCCUGAAGAAGUCGCGAGCUCUGUCGCAGUACACCGCCAGCUGCUCAGCCGCCAACGGACUCGCCCACAACGGCACCGCCGACGCCAAGGGCAAUGCUACCUCCACGCAGCAGCGGGCCGCCAAGGCGGAACGGGCCUCGGAGCCGGCCCUCGAGGGACACAACGGGCUGCAUUUUGCCCAGGCUGCCGAACUGCUGAAGCGGGCCGGCAUGCUCCUGCCCGGGGAGCAGGGUGGCGGCGCGGGCGACCCGGACGGCGUGUCCGCGGCGGACGCCGUAGGCCCUGCCGACUUUCCCUACAUCGGCGGCUUCCCCUUCAACCCGGGCCUCUUCAUCAUGACGCCCGCCGGAGUCUUCCUCGCCGACAGCGCGCUGCACAUGGCCGGCCUGGCGGAGUACCCCAUGCAGAGCGAGCUGGCCUCCGCCAUCAGCUCGGGCAAGAAGAAGCGGAAACGCUGCGGCAUGUGCCCGCCGUGCCGCCGGCGCAUAAACUGCGAGCAGUGCAGCAGCUGCCGGAACCGCAANACGGGCCACCAGAUCUGUAAAUUUCGCAAGUGCGAGGAACUUAAAAAGAAGCCGUCCGCUGCACUGGAGAAGGUGAUGCUGCCGGCGGGGGCAGCGUUCCGGUGGUUCCAGUAGGACUGUGAUCCCGACGCUCGCCAGCGGAGUGUGACGGCACCCCUUCCACCCCCCCUGCCCCCCCCCCCAGCUUGGAUUGUCUUGGGCGCCUGGGACCCCCUGGCUGAACCACAAAACGCUGAAGUCAAAAUGCAUAUUACUAAUGGAUGCACCUUCAUAUUCCUGAACCAAAAAUAAAUGUACAGAGAUCUAUGGCAAUUCAUUCUCUUUUCUAUGUUCCGUUUUGGUACCUUUUUGUCCUUUUUCCAGCAGAUUUCAGUCAUUUUGACAUGGAACUUCUCAUCGCCAAACUGUAAUGAGGGAUUGAGGUGUGCGGACAAUCAGCUAAGCUCUGUGUUCGGUGUUCAUGUCGUUUCUGUGUGGAAAGAUACUGUACUUGUGUAGAGAAUGUAAAUUUACAGCUAUAUUUUAAGAGACUAGCAGCUAAUGACAAGCACUCUUGUAAGUCGGCAUCAUUGUUUUUACUUACAACCCUCUGUAUUUUUCGAUUGGUUAUUUUUUUAUAUUUUGUUUCAUUUCUGUUUUGUUACGUGACUGAAGAGCAGUUUUGAAAACUGCCCAGUGUUUGAUAUUAAAAGCGAAACGUCGACGAUAUAGAAUUGCGAUUCCUGACCGAAUAGAGAUUUUUAGUCUGACAGCCCUGCCGUGGCCCAAACUCCCAAAAAUGAGGGAAGACUCAUUUUCCGCAGUAGUUUUCAGAUGACAGCAGAAAACGCCGCCCGUCAUUCUCCCCUGCACCCUUCACUGGCGGCCCCAAGUCUCCGCGUCCCGGAGAGGCUCACACUGCUGACCGUGUGCGGGGGCCCCGGGCUCUGUACGAGGUGCGGCGCUCCAGUGGCAUCGUCCAUCCACUGCACCGCCACUGCAUCUCCGAAAGGAAUCCCUUAUGUUUGUAUUAAUUUAGAAACCUGGGCUGUUUUUUUUUUUUUUUUG